AUGAAGCCUGGUGGUUUAAAAUUAAGCCUGGACGAGGGCCAAUCGACGUCUGCCCUGACUUUAGAAGAAAAAAUUUUUGAAUUCAAGUCCGACCCUGACAAAUUGGCGGAGGCCACCAAAUUCGUUGAUGGUGUCAUCCGCCAGGCGGAGGUCGAAGCAGGAAAAAGGGCGCUGCAAAACAAACAGGAUUCUUCUAAAACCGGUAUACAAGGUCGCCGCCAAAGUGAGUCCAAGGUGGCCCAGCGAGUGGUCACCAGAGCCCGAGGCGUUGUCGUCCGCUGGUUCGAGAACAUUUGCAACUGCACGCACACGGCUAUCAACAAAAGGGCCUUCUUCAAAAUCAGGAACAACUCUGCACCUCCUGCAUCUUCUACUACUUCUCAGCAAGAGAACAAGGGAAACAAUGGUUCUUCGCAGAAAUAAAAAAAUGAUAAUAGGGUUAAGUGGAUUGGAUGAAAGAUGAGGUAGCUCAAAUCCUGAUUUUAUUUUU